AUGGGAAUGCUUAAGGACCCCUCGGUCAAAUACAAAAAGUUCAAACAGUUGAACCUCCCGGAUCGCCAAUGGCCAUCUAAGACGCUCGAUCAGCCUCCUCGAUGGCUAUCAACCGAUUUACGGGAUGGCAACCAGAGCUUGGUGGACCCAAUGGAUGGCGACCAGAAAUGGCGCUACUUCCAGAUGUUGGUCGAGCUUGGGUACAAGGAAAUCGAGGUGUCCUUCCCAUCCGCCUCGAAAACCGACUUCGACUUUACCCGGAAAUUGGUGGAGACCCCUGGCGUCGUACCGGACGACGUUUGGCUACAGGUCUUGGCUCCAUGCAGGAAGGAGCUUAUCAAGCCGACAGUAGACUCUGUCGCUGGCUCCAAGAAGGCUAUCAUACAUCUUUACUUGGCCACGUCGCCAUGCUUCCAGCAGGUGGUGUUCAACAUGAACAACGAAGAGAGCAUCAAGCGGGCGGUGGAGUGCACCCAAUACGCACGAUCGUUGACCAAGGAUGACCCGACCCAGUCGGCGACGGAAUGGGCUUUCGAAUUCUCCCCUGAGACCUUCUCCGACAGCGAUCCAGACUUUGUCCUCGAAAUCUGCGAAGCGGUCAAAGCUGCCUGGGAGCCAUCCGUUGAGAACCCGAUCAUCUUCAAUCUACCUGCAACGGUGGAGAUGUCGACUCCCAACGUAUAUGCCGAUCAAAUCGAGUACUUCUGCCGCCACAUCACCGAACGGGAAAAGAUCUGUGUCUCCCUCCACCCCCAUAAUGACCGCGGCUGUGCUGUAGCAGCAGCCGAGCUAGCUCAGAUGGCCGGAGCGGACCGAGUGGAAGGGACCCUGUUUGGAAAUGGUGAGCGAACCGGAAACGUGGACCUCGUUACCUUGGCUUUGAAUCUGUAUACUCAAGGCAUCCAUCCUGGAAUCGAUUUCAGCGACAUUCGUUCCGUGAUUGACAUUGUCGAAAAAUCAAACAAGAUUCCGAUCCAUCCACGGGCCCCUUACGGCGGACAGCUGGUUGUGUGUGCCUUUUCCGGCAGCCAUCAGGACGCGAUCAAGAAAGGCUUCCAAGCUCGCAAGGCUUCAGGGGCUACGGACGACUCUCCUUGGCAGAUCCCAUACCUUCCGCUCGACCCGCAGGAUAUCGGGCGCACGUACGAAGCCAUUAUUCGUGUCAACAGCCAAAGCGGUAAAGGCGGCGUUGCCUGGAUCCUUCUCCGGAACUUGGAGCUGGAUUUGCCUCGGGGUCUACAAGUUGCAUUUAGCAAGAUUGUCCAAAAAGAAGCUGAUUCCGUCGGACGCGAGCUUCUUCCCGGCGAAAUCGUACAACUCUUCGAAGAGUCAUAUCAUUUGAAACGAAACCCUCGCUUUGAGUUGUUGGACUACGAUAUCACAACCGAACGAGCUGCAUCACCCGCGCCGCCAUCAGUCGGUGGGUCGCAAGUCUCUAGGACCCAGAGCAGCAAGAACGCCAGGAGGGUGUUCGGCGGUGUUAUUGAGAUCGACGGGGUCGAGCAUCGCAUCCGAGGGGUCGGAAACGGCGCCAUCUCGAGUUUGGCCAAUGCGUUGAGAACUCUGGGAAUCGAUCUCGAUGUCGCUGACUACAAGGAGCAUGCCAUCGGAGAAGGCAAGAGUGUCAAAGCCGCGACAUAUAUUGAAUGCACAGCCUCGAACAGCUCGCAAAGAGUGUGGGGGGUGGGUAUUCAUGAAGACGUGGUCCAGGCGUCCUUGAUCGCUCUUCUAUCUGCGGCAUCAUCUGUCAGUCACAUCUCUCUCGCUUACAGUCGGUUCCCUUAUACCGAAAUAAAUAACCAACCUCUACUUAGUUCCUCUCUUCUCGUCCAAGCACUCCUAUCCCUUUCCGCCCUAAGCGUUCUGACACGAACGACAUCACUCCACCAGAACUUACUCCAGAGAGGCAUGUGCCACAGUCAGGUCCCGAUGCUCGAGGACAUGUCGGUGUCUCUGAGGCCGUGGAAAUAA